GGUUUCUAUGGAGACGGCGUUAUUUACGUGCUGCGCGAACCAGUGGCGGCGAUCAUAUAAAAGAUCAUCAGAUCAUAUUUCAUCUACAUAAUUCGAGCGCAAUUGCUGUUUAUAAGGAGCUGAAGCUUCGUGUGAUGUAUAAAUACGAGACUCUGGGCUGUUUGGGCUCCGGCAGUUACGGGACAGUGCUGAAGUGUCGCCACCAGGACACCGGCCGAACCGUCGCCAUCAAGAAGCUGCUGGAGGAAGAUGAGAACGGGAGGAAGAUCGUGCAGAGAGAAAUCAAACUGCUGAAGAAACUGAGGCAUGAGAAUCUGGUGAACCUGCUGGAGGCAUUUAAGCGGAGACGUCGCUGGUAUUUGGUGUUCGAGUUUGUGGAGCGGACGGUUCUGGAUGAGCUUGAGCAGUUUCCAUCCGGACUGGAUCCGCACCGAGUCCGAAAGUACCUCUACCAGAUCCUGAGGGCUGUUUGCUUCUGCCACCAGUACAACAUCAUUCACAGGGACAUUAAACCGGAGAACGUUCUGGUCUCUCAGCUCGGUGUGGUCAAGCUCUGUGACUUUGGCUUCGCCCGGACGGUGUCGGCUGCUCCUGGAGAGGUUUACACCGAUUACGUGGCAACGCGCUGGUAUCGAGCGCCAGAGCUGCUGGUGGGAGACACCAGAUACGGGAAGGCGGUGGACGUGUGGGCCAUCGGGUGUCUGUUCUUCGAGAUGUUGACCGGUGCACCUCUGUUCCCAGGCGACUCUGACAUUGACCAGCUCCAUCUCCUCAUCAGUUGUUUUGGUCACCUGACCCCUCGUCACCGUGAGGUCUUCUACAGGAACCCAGUGUUCAUGGGAGCGUCUCUUCCAGACCCGGCCGAGAGAAACCCGCUGGAGAGCCGCUCACCUAAACUGUCCGGAUUCACUCUGGAUCUCGCUCAGAAAUGUCUGCAGAUGGAUCCGGACAGACGGUGUCAGUGUGCCGAGCUGCUGCUGCAUCCGUUCUUCACCAGAGACCGUUUCCACCUGCGCUUUCAGCAAGAACUGGUCAGCAAGACCCACAAGGACCUGAAGGAAAACAGCAGAGGCACUAAAAGCUGCAGGAGAGAGAAGGAGAAGCUGGACAUCAUGAGAUCGGCUCCUAACGACGGCGUACAGGACUCAAACCUCCGGCUCGGUGAGUUCAGGCCGUCUGAUGGUGAGGACAGUGACAUCACAGCCAAGCUCCGCCCAGAGGACACUGAGCCAAUCAGUGAGACUGUAGAUCCUCUACUCAGGUGUCACCCUGCCGCAGGAAUCCCACCCAUAUCCAACGACUCCUUGUCCGUCAUCAACCUCAGGUCAUUUGAUAAGUCAAAGAAGCCCGUGAGCGUGUUCAAACGUCAGAAUCUCUCAGUUCAGCGCAGCGCUGCAGGGCCUGCUGGGAAGAAGAUGGCAGGACUGCGUUUUCCUGAGCUCAGAAACACCCUGCUGCCAGAACUGAGAGCUGACGCAAGACAAAGAGGAAAUAAAGAGCAGAAAAACAACAGAAUCCCAUCCAUAACAGCACAUGACCUGCACUCAGACACCAGCACAUAAACACACUCAUCUUCAUCAUCAUCAUCCUCUCCUCUCUCAUCAUUUCAUCAUCAGAUAAACCAUAUUAUUUUAUUCUGCUGGUUUAUUUUGGACUCGUGCUGCAGACGUGAAGAUCAGUCAUGAAGCUCCACAACACCUUUAGAAAUCUAGAGAACUUUGUCUUCAAUAAACAUUCUGAACUCUU